AGUCUGCACACCCGGGUCUCCUUGCUGCCACAUUAGACGGUUUGGUGCGGGUUUUAUUCCUCCAUCACUUCCUUCCUUGGAGCAAUAGUUGGUCAGGCGGGGAGGUGUGAGGAGCCCGGCUCUUCACUCCUUCAUGCUGCCCAGGAGCCAUGGCAGAGCGGCCACUGAGGAGGAACCAACGGCCGGAGCUCAGCGGGUCCACAGCGGCGACUCAAACCAGGAAGGACCCACGUUAAUACAGAUGGAUGUCUAUGGUUAACGUUGACGUUACCUGCCGGAUACAGUAGUGGCGGCUUCUAAAGUUUUACACUCAUCUUCAGCUUUUGUCACAGCUGACCGGUUCAACUUUUACUUCUACCUGGCAUUCCCGAGAUGUCGACGGGAACACAGCGACGCGGAGUUUGUUUCGCUUUUCUUUUCUUCCAGUAACGUUACGUGUUUGCCCUGUAAAGCCACCCGCCUCUGGCGUCAAUCUGGCGCAGUGUUCCGCAGUGGCUCGCAGAGCGACUCUUUAAUAUCGCAAAGCCGAGUCACUGGAGGUUACCAUGGGGGCAAAGCAGAGCAGCGUCGCUGCUAAUCCCGCUGCUAACGGACGGACCAGAGCCUACUCCGGCUCGGACCUGCCCUCCAGCACGUCCAGCAGCAACGGCAGUAAUGUUAGCAGGACUACCGCCGGGGGGGUGAGGUACCAUGCAUACAGUGCGUCCGGAGCCUCGUCCAGCACCAGCCAGCACCUUGGAGCCAGGGCCAGGUCCGCGGGGGGCUCCGGAGGCUCCGGGACCAGACCUCAGUCCGGUAUCACCAUUCCGAACAUUAGCGGAGCCUACAGCUCCCAGGAGUCGGGCGGCAGUAGCCCGGAGGAAGCGGACAGGCAGCGCUCGGGCGGAGGGCACGAGGGUCCCCGGCUGGUGAUAGGGUCCCUACCAGCACAACUCUCGCCUCAUCUGUUCGGAGGAUUCAAGUGCCCCGUGUGCUCCAAGUUUGUGUCCUCAGACGACAUGGAUCUUCACCUGGUCUUGUGCUUAACCAAACCCAGAGUGACAUAUAAUGAGGACGUCCUGACCAAGGAUGCAGGGGAAUGUGCAAUCUGCCUGGAGGAGCUGGUCCAGGGAGACACCAUCGCCCGCCUGCCCUGCCUCUGCAUCUACCACAAAGGCUGUAUCGAUGAGUGGUUUGAAGUGAACAGAUCAUGUCCGGAGCAUCCAUCAGAUUAAAGCGUUUUGCACAGGUACUCUACAAUGUGACGGAUCUCUGAAAUGAAGUAUGGAUCCACAAGACUGCUGGACACUGUGAUCAGUUUAUCCCCCCCCCCUCGUAAUGUAGAACCACUGUGUGCCAAAUCUCAUUAAAGCAAUCUUCAGGGAUA